UCGUGGGGGCAAAAAGCCUCAAGGUUGGGCUCAACCAUCGUUUGACCAAUAUGUCAUCCCACACAACACACAAAAUCCUCAUGAAUAAUUAGCAGGCAUGGAAACUCCGGAGGAAUCAUCGCCGGAUCAAAUACUUCGUCCGCCGGUCAAUUCAUCGGCUGAUGAGAUUCGACUUCUCGACAUCUUUCCAUCCGAAAACCAAUCUUCCCCGAUAGUAUGCAGUUACCGCGUCAUUAGUCUGAAGCCUAGCGAAGGGCAACAAAUACCUUUUUACGAGACUUUGUCUUAUGCGUGGCAAGAUGCCGGCAGCGACCCAGAAACAGAGGCGCCUCAAAUCCUCAUCGACCAUACCUCUUUCCCAGUCUCAGCGAGCCUCCUACGAGCGCUGCGGCGGCUUCGAUUUCCCGACCGUAUAAGGACGAUAUGGAUAGACGCAGUUUGCAUCAAUCAAUCCGACAACGUCGAAAAGACCCAACAAGUCAAUCUUAUGCGCCGCAUCUACGCCUCAUGUACGCAGUGUAAUAUCUGGCUAGGAUAUCCACGAGAUGUAGGUGUCUCCGAGGAAGACGCACAAGCGGCUUUCGACACUAUCGUUUGGAUCAGCGCGGCAGGCGAAGCGAUGGACGCCAGGUUCGGUGGUAUUGAUGUACCUAACGCGGCUCUGCCGGAUUGGUUUCAGGAUGGUGAAGAUGACGGAAAGGAGGGACUGAAUGGCGAGUUGCGACUGAGGGCGACUGAAGCGUUCUACAAGCUCUUUAGAACGCCCUGG